CUUGAACUGGGCGAAUGUGAAAGUAGAAGAAAGUUGACUUGGAAUAUGAAUUUUUCGAGUAUUGUAUUAUUUGUUGGAAUUGUCAUUAAGAUUUGUGCCAGCAGUGUAGAAACAGGUUACUUUUGGCAAGUGACAGAUUUUCACUAUGAUGCCAAUUAUAGCACAAAAGGAGAUCCACUGAGGAUGUGCCAUGACAUGUCAGGUGGUAGCCAUAGUAACAGUAUCUACGGAAACUACCACUGUGAUUCACCAUGGAAACUGAUUCAGUCAGCCACGGCAGCCAUGAAGCGAAUCCAUCCAAACCCAGACUUCAUAUUGUGGACUGGAGAUAGUGUACCACAUGUGGAGGACAGUGAACUUGACCUACAGAAAGUUCAGCGACACAUUGGGAAUAUCUCACUACACCUUCGCUCUGUGUUCCCAGACACCCACAUAUAUCCAGUGCUUGGUAACCAUGAUGAGUAUCCCAAAGAUGCAUAUCCCCCCACACCAGGGUCUGACUAUUACAAGGGGAUCCUACAAACUGCUCACUUUGACCAGCUUCUGUCAAAUGAUACUGCCAAGCAGUUCCUGACAGGUGGCUAUUACACAACCUUGAUUCAUACUGGACUGAGGGUCAUUGGCCUGAACACUAAUCUGCUUUACUCCCAGGACAAACUGACCACUAAUUCAGAGGACCCUGCCAACCAGUUCCAGUGGAUGAUGACCACUCUAACAAAUGCCAGAAAAGCCAAAGAAAAGGUGAUCAUUCUUUCCCAUGUUCCUCCUGGAGUUUUUGAGAAGUACAACUCCCUAAUGUGGUUCUAUGACAAGUACAACUCUCAAUACAUCAAAAUCUUACAGAAAUUUUCAGACAUUAUAACAGCCCAGAUUUAUGGACAUGAACACACGGACAGCUUCAGAAUUCUGAAAGAUGAACAAGGUUCACCUGUGGGUACUUUAUUUCUGGCCCCAGCUGUGACCCCCUGGAACAGUAGUUUGGCUGGAGUGGGGGCUAACAAUCCCUCCAUCCGACUGUACACUUAUAAUAAAACUGAUGGCACAGUCCUCAACUACCAGCAGUAUUACUUGAACCUAGCAUCACUGAUCCACGGAGAUGGAAAUACAAACUGGACAUUGGAGUAUAAUGCCAAGACUGCCUAUCAACUCUCUGACUUAAUUCCAAAGUCUUUGAACAAUUUAGCUAUUUCUUUUAAUCAGGAUAACUCUGCAAUGUUUCAAAAAUACUUGACCUAUAACUCAGUGAGUCAGAUUGUGAAGCCAGCGUGUGAUUCGGUGUGCAAGUUAACUCACGUCUGCUCCAUUACGGAAUUGGAGCUGCUGAAUUUUAAGCUUUGUCAGUCUUCUGAAACUACUCGUACCACACAGCUACCCAAGUCUACACCCGCUCACAGACAUAGGCGACCAGUGGGGAGGAUGUAUAUAUACAUCAUCAUAGGGCUGGGUGCCGUUGUCUUUAUUCUGUUCAUUGCUGUUGCCAUUAUAUGUAUCAAACGACGUCGAUAUUUUGUGCCUCAUCGAUUUUCUAGAUUUUCUAACUCACUUGGAUCAGGACCAAUUAAUUAAGCACUGCAGUAUCUAAAAUAAAUAUGUCCUUGACUCAUGAUUGUUAAUUGUUCUCCCUUGGAGGUCUUAUUUUUUGGAUUAUGGUAAUUUUCAAAUUCUGUUUUUUUAUAAAAAUAAAUGAAGUAGCUUUCACCUUGAAAAAAAUAUGAGGAAUGAUUAAUUAUUUCUGUUGUCAUACAUGUGCAUUACAUUUAUAUUUUUUAUCCAUUUUUUAUCAAAUAUUUCAAAGUGUUGUGAAAUGCCAAAAUCAAGUGUCAGGGAUAACUUUCAUUUUUGCAUUAAUUUGUGUAUUUGCACUAAGAACAAAGCCCAGAAUUUUACCCACACUGUGUGUACAUGUAUUGAAUAUGAUACAAUUAUGGACUCUUUCAGUGGUGAAUAUGGUGUGUUAUUCAUCAGAAAAAUAUCAAUAUUGACCGAGGCAAAUAUUUAUAUUUAACUUGUCCUAAUUAAGUGAAGUUCCAUCAACAGCCUUUGUUGCAUUGCACAUACAGUGCAUUGAAAACUAAAUAUGUUACGGAAUUUUUGAAGUUUUAGUAAUGAUAAUACAUACAUUGUAAAAAUGAAAAUAUUUUAUAUCUUGUCUUUAUAAGGGUGCUUAUGUAGAUUUCUUGUUAAAGAAAAAAAAUACUUAAUUUAUAAAUUUCCUCAACAUUUUCAUCAUUUAAUUUAAUUAUGAAGUAUAAUUUAUAUGGCAUUGCAAUGGAAGAUAAGAUAGCAUUUUCAAGUUCUUGUGAUUUGACCACGGAAACUAUAUUACCUUUAGUGAAGAAUGUGAUAUAUUGUUGUUGCAUCAAGUAAGGAACUGAAUGCUGAGAACUUGGUUAGGGUUACUUAUUUUCAUCUAUAUAUCAUUUUGCUGGGUUCAUGUUUUUACAUCAUAUAAAUUAUUUUGCUAGCGUUUUCUCUGUUCGGAGGACUCUAGUUUGUGUAUUACAUUGUCAUGUAAUGUAACAAGUGAAAAUAGAACAAAGCUAUAUACAAUUUAAGGUUGAUAACAUUUGAGUGCUAUUUUUGGUGCUGUAUAUAAAACUGUUAGUAUAGAAUAUGACAUAUGAAAAGGGAUUUUAGUGCAAUAAGGGCAAUAAAUCUAAGCUCUGAUAAUGAAACAUAAAUUACAUGUACAUUAAUUAUUCAAUUUUAUAACCAAAAUUAUUCUUUUUGAAAUAAUAUAAUUGCUAACCCUUUUGUAAAUAUGAUGAUAAAUAAUUUAAUUUUUGUAAAUACACAAUAUCAAUUAAUCAAGGGUUCCUCAAAGGGACAGGUUUAUAUCACUGUGUUUAGAAUACAUUAUAUUUUCAUUUUAUACAGAAUGUAGGAAAUACUACCAAAUUAAGCAUGUUGAAAACAUUUUCUGAAAUUUGAAGUAAAAUUUUUUUUUGUG